AUGACAUCUCCCACUGGAAGAACUCAAAGACUACACGACCUAUUCAAUAAACUUACUUCCCAAACCUCUCCCCAGUCCCCAUCCAACCCCACCAUAACAGAUGGAUACCAUAAACUACCACUCACCACGCGCCUAAUCGCAUUCGACAACACCGCAUUCUACCCACCGCAUCAACCUACAUGUGCGGCCUUCCCCUCGGCCAUCUGCCCCUCGACCCAACCCAAUGCAAACGCCAUCCCGCCUAGACCGUCCGAAUUCGACACGCAUAUCGCUGAAUUCGUGAUUGCGUACAUGUCCAGUCGUUCAGGUGACGCCGGCAUCUUGGACGACAUCGUUGCCAAUAUUGUUUCGAUACUCGGGAUUGUGAAACGUAACGGACCGGAGGAAGAAAAUGUCCGAAGCAGGGUGGCGAUGUUUUUAGGAUUCAUGAAGGUCAAUGAACGGGCGGUGUUGAUGUCUCGAAGUUUGGAAGCAGCUAUAGGAGAGCAGGUUGUCUUAGGCGGGCCGAGUUCCGGGAAUGGGAUCAGUUCAGAUUUGAGAUGGCUACGGGCCCCGAGGGGGACAAGGGAGAUCGUUUGGAAGGUCUUGACCUCUUCCGAGGACCAAAGAGUAUUCGAGGCGAGGACGUUUGUUCCAGCCGAUAGUGGGUGGGUUGUUAUUUCUGAUGUGGACGAUACGAUCAAAGUAUCCCAAGUGAAUAAUCGUAUCGCUCUCCUCCGGAAUACAUUCGUCGCCGAUCCCUCGGCUGUACCCGGCAUGCCAGAACUGUACGCAUCACUCAACACCCAACUAAACAACCCGUCAUGGUUCUACCUCUCCGCCUCACCCUGGCAACUAUACCCUUUUUUACACGACUUUCUCAACGCUCAAGGACGAUUCCCGCGUGGCCAGCUCAUCCUGCGCGACAUGUCCCGCGGCGCGAUGCCCGUCUAUCUAUCCGCGCUCACGAUGGGCACACAAGCAUAUAAAGUAGACAGGCUCUCCAAAGUUCACGAGUGGCUACCUGAACCCGCUCGGCGGGUGGUCUUGAUAGGUGAUAGCACCCAAAAGGACCCUGAGUCGUACGGUGAGAUCGCGCGCAAGUGGCCCAACUGGGUCGGUGCGAUUUGGAUCCGUGUCGUACAAGGUGUGGACGAACGCAAGGAAAAGGACCUCAACGAUCCGAAGAGGUUCGCAAAAGCAUUUGAAAAGGUCGAUAGCCGGAUAUGGAAGACUUUUAUUGAUCCGAAAGAGCUGCAGGCUGCGGUCGCGGGAUUAAAGACCAACUGA